AUGGUCACAGUCAACUUACCUGAGCAGGUUCAAGCUCACCUGAGCAAGUUGACAGCGAUCUCAGCUUCCAACACUGCCGUCACCUCUCUCUGUCUAAUCGCGGCAUACAUCUUCUGCAGAAGUUUCUACUACCUCUACCUCAGCCCGCUACGACACUACCCAGGCCCCAAGCUCUGGGCCAUCUCUCGCCUGCCAUGGAACUACGUCAACAUGAAGGGCCGCAUCACCUGGCGCAUCCGCGAGCUCCACGACCAGUACGGCCCCGUGGUCCGCAUCGCGCCCGACGAGCUCUCCUAUACCAGCUCCACGGCCUGGAAGAAGAUCUACGGACAGCGCACGCCCGAGUUCCCAAAGGCCCUCGAUGGCCGCGGCAUCGCACCGCCGACCAUGGGAGGCCGUAAGACGCUAAUGACGGAGGACCAGGCGGGCCAUGCGAAGCUCCGGCGCGCCAUCAACCCGGCCUUCUCGGAGCGUGCGUUGCGCGAGCAGGAGUACUACUUUCAGGACUAUACGGACACUCUUGUGAGUCAACUCAAAAAGGUGUGUAAAGAGGGUGCGGUGGAUUUGUCAACCUGGUUCAAUCUGCUGGCUUUCGACAUUCUCAACGACCUCGCCUUCGGCACUUCUGAAAAUUGUCUCAACAAUGCCGACCAGCCCUGGCUCCGCCUCAUCAACACGCGCGCAAAAGCCUACGUCUGGAUCCAACUAACUGUACAAUACGGCGUGUUCGACCUCCUCACCUGGAUCGCGCCGCGCCGCGUGACCGAGUCUCGCCGCAAACACAUCGCCAUGACGGAGGCCAAAGUCCGACAACGCAUCGAAGUCAAGAACCCUGGCAAGGACUUCAUGUCCUAUAUCCUCGACAACACGGAGGAGAAGCCGCUCACCAACAUUGAGCUGACGAUGCUGGCGGGCACCUUCAUCGUCGCCGGCAGCGGGACCACCGCCGGCGGCAUGUCUGGUUUGACGUACCUGCUGCUACAUAACCCGGAGAAGCUCGAAAAGGUAAAGGCGGAGAUUCGUGGUAACUUUAGGGCGCAGGAGGAUAUUACAAUGGUUGCUGCGCAGCAUUGUAGGUACCUUCGCGCGUGUAUUGACGAGGGUAUGCGGUUGUAUCCGCCGACGCCCGGGUCCCUGCCCCGAUGGGUUCCGGGGGAGGGCGAGGUCAUUGAUGGCAGAUGGGUUCCGGGCGGAUACGCCGUCGCUGUGAACCAAUUCGCGGCGGGACACUCGGCACACAGCUUCCGCAGGCCUCAAGAGUUCAUUCCUGAGAGAUGGAUUGAGCAGGGUCCCGAUUCUGAGUUUGUUGAUGAUGACAGGGCGGCAGUCCAGCCGUUCUCGUAUGGACAACACAUUUGUAUUGGAAGAGCUAUGGCGUACGCCGAGAUGAGCCUGACGAUGGCCAAGAUAAUCUGGAAUUUCGACUUUGAGCUCGAGAACCCUUCCGAAGAUUGGUGGAGCAAGCAAGGAACGUAUAUCAUGUGGGAGAAGGUUCCUUUGAUGAUCAGACUACACCCUAGAGCAGUUGCUUGA